AUGAUCGGCAAGGAUCCCAAGUAUGGCGCUCCUCUUCUCCAGCCUGGGAUGCCCAGGGUGAUUGGUGGGAGCAGGAGAAGACGGCAGACGAGGACUGCCCCACAGACCCCAGCUGCUCCUCCUCCUCCUCCUCCUCCGCCACCACCAGCGCUCAUCGAGGCUCCAGCUCCUCCUCCGCCAGCGCCUGUGGAGGUCCCAUCCCAGGGCAUGGCCCUGGAUGACGACCUCUUUGGGUUCGGCAUGGGCCUCGCUGGUUGGGAUCUGGGUCUGCCCACCACGACUUCAGACCUGAGCCUGGGUCUGUCCUACUCGACCCCCGACAUGGGUUUUGCUCUGGGCGUCGAGGAGCAAAACCUGGAGCUCUUGGGGCAGUUCAUCUCUGCACCUUCUCCCACUGGCGCCAUGCCGACGCUGGAGGCGUUUGGCGUCACUGACCCGAGUCUUGGUAGCGCCAGCCAGCUGCCACAGCUUGUAGGCGCCAGCGUGCCUCAGGCGCUGCUGCCAGAGAUGCCUGACUGCGACGGCGCCAUCUGCCUGAUCCCCAGGGAUUACAGGCACACCCAUGGCGCUGAUGGCUCCGUCACCUUCAAGGACGACGCGUCGGUUGUAGGCAUGAUCAGGAGGGCCAUCAUGGAGGUUGAUCCAACCUACAGUGGCCAUAUGAUGAUGGGAAAUAUCCACGGGCGUGGAUAAGAGAAGAGGAGGUGGUGUGUUUGUUAGUGUAGUGUUCUGGGAGUUCA